AUGACUUCCGCAGAGCUCCCCAAGAAGUACAAGGCCGCUGUCUACGACAAGCCCGGCAGCAUCUCGACCAAGAUCGAGGAGCUGGACCUCCCUGAGCCGGGGCCUGGAGAGGUGUUGAUUAACCUCACACACUCGGGCGUUUGCCACUCCGACAUGGGUGUCAUGAUGAACUCGUGGUCCAUGCUGCCCGCGCCCACGCAGCCGGGCCAGGUUGGCGGCCACGAGGGCGUGGGCAAGAUCGUGAAGUUGGGUGCCGGGACUGAGGGAUCGGGCGUCAAGCUCGGCGAUAGGGUUGGCAUCAAGUGGAUGGCGGGCGUCUGCAAUGCUUGUGAGGCCUGUCGAGCCGGCAUCGACGCGAGCUGCUUCAAUGGCAAAAUCUCAGGAUACUACACACCAGGCACGUUCCAACAAUACGCCCUGGGCCCCGCAAACUACGUGACUCCAAUCCCAGAGGGACUCGACUCUGCCGCGGCAGCACCGAUGCUCUGCGCCGGCGUGACCGUGUACUCCGCGCUGAAGAAGUCCAACGCCGUGGCUGGGAACUGGGUCGCCCUAUUGGGCGCUGGCGGCGGCCUGGGCCAUCUGGCCGUGCAAUUCUCCGCCCGUGGGCUGGGCCACAGGGUCAUUGGCAUCGACCACUCGAGCAAGAAAGACAUUGUGCUCGAGAGCGGGGCGGAGCACUUCUUGCCCAUUGACGGGACCGACGACAUCGUGAAUGCCGUGAAGGAGCUGACGGGUGGGUUGGGUGUGCACGCGGUGCUUGUGCUCACGGCGAAUAACGCCGCGUACGGGAGCUCCAUCGACAUGUUGAGGUUUGGCGGCCGCGUCGUGUGCGUGGGUAUCCCGGAGAACGAGCCCGUCCCCAUCAAGUCGGCGUAUCCGUCUACGCUUGUGGGCAAGAGUUUGAGCGUCGUGGGCAGUGCGGUUGGAGACCGGAAGGAGGCGAUCGAGACGCUCGAUUUCGCGGCGAGGGGCAUCGUAAAGACGCAUUACAGGACGGAGAAGAUGGACAAAUUGACGGACGUGUUCAAGGAGAUGCAUGACGGGACGUUGAAGGGUAGAGUCGUGCUCGAUUUGCAGUAG